GCAAAAGCGGACCCCAAACAAGCCCCUUCUCAGUUCUCACCCACUCCCUUCCCUCUUCACUCCCUCUCUCUCUCUCACACACAUUCUGAUUCUCACUCUCGUUCUCGAUACAACCCUAUAGAAAACCGCCUUCCGUUUCUGCCUGUCGUUUUGUUGUAUCGAAAUAAAAGCCGUGUUUCCCAUCUCUCUCUCCAUAGGAAAGUCUACAUGGAUGAUGGGACGCUGCAGGCUUCUUCUCUGCUAAAUCUGUAGUUCUAAGAGAAAACUGAGCCACCCAUUUUCGCUCUCUCUCGUUUUCUCUUUCUCUCUAUAUCCAUAUGCUUUUACAUAUUUUCAAAGAUGAGCCAUUGGAUUCAUUGUACGAUCCCUUCUUGCCUUUCCCCUUUCUAAAUCUAGAGAUUAUGGAAUGGAAUAGGAAGACACCAUUUGAUUACUAAGGGCAAAGGAGGUUGUGGAAAAGUAAAAAUAGAACUCUGUUCUGGGGAAGGACUGAGCACUGAAAAACGGUGGACUUGGGCAUAUUACUGAAGAUUGUUUAAGGUUGAGUGGCGUUUCUAUAUAAGACCAUGCAAUUAGUUCUUUCUUUACCUACCGAGCACUGAGGGCAUUUUUAUAUUUCUAGAUCAUGGAAGGGGAAACCUCGUGGUUCACUGAUCACUUUGAUGACAUUGGAAGAGAAAUCCCGGAGAUUUCAGAGUUUGAACCAUUCUCGGAGAUGUGUGAUGAAGGCAGCAAAGAAAAUUCACUGGUUUCAUUGGAUGCCAUUCUCCCUGAUGAACUAUUGGAACGAAUCCUAGCUUAUCUCCCUGUUGCAAGCAUCUUCAGAGCAGGUUGUGUGUGUAAAAGAUGGAGGGAAAUUGUAAAUUCCAAAAAGUUAAAUGUCUUGUCACAGAAACCCUGGUACUACAUGUUUACCAGCUCUGAUGAUCCCAUUGGGUAUGCCUAUGAUCCUAUUCUUCGGAAAUGGUAUGGUGUUGAUCUUCCCUGUAUAGAGACAUCUAAUUGGUUUAUUGCCUCAUCAUGUGGGUUGGUUUGCUUCAUGGACAAUGAUAGCAGAAGCCAGCUAUUUGUCUGUAAUCCAAUCACCAAAGCCUAUAAAAAGCUUGAGGAACCUCCUGGUCUGAGGUAUUCUGACUACAGUGCCCUUGCAAUCUCAGUAGACAGGGUAUCACACAAUUAUACCAUUACAAUUGCAAAAUCUAAGCAAGUCCCUGGCAACUUUUUCCAAUGGGAUCUCUCUAUCCAUGUUUAUGAUUCAGAAACAAUGACAUGGGUGACUUCUGCUACAGAGAUGUUUACAGGGUGGAGAGGUGGUGAUGAGAGUGUGAUCUGUGAUGGGAUUCUAUACUUCUUGAUUUACUCAACAGGAGGCGGCAUGCGUUGGCCUGACCGCCAUGGCUUGGUAAUGUAUGAUCUCUCUAGUCGAUCUUCCCACGGUAUGCUGAUAAGGACUUUUAUCCCUGUACCUUGCUCUCUUACCUGUGGUCGCCUUAUGAACCUGAAGGAUAAGCUGGUAAUGGUAGGUGGGAUUGGGAAACAAGACCGACCUGACAUAAUUAAGGGUAUUGGCAUUUGGGUUCUUGAUAGGAAAGAAUGGCGAGAGGUAGCUCGGAUGCCCCACAAAUUCUUUCAAGGAUUUGGAGAGUUUGAUGAAGUCUUUGCAAGCAGUGGCACUGAUGAUCUCAUCUACAUCCAGAGUUAUGGAGCUCCAGCUCUCCUUGUGUUUGACAUGAACCUGAAGCAAUGGAAGUGGUCACAGAAAUGCCCUGUAACAAAGCGAUUCCCACUUCAGCUCUUCUCUGGUUUUUGCUUUGAACCCAGGCUUGAAACUGCACCUUGAUUUGGGUUUGGUAUUCUCUUCUGAUCUGAUUUGGAUGGUCUUAACAAUUUGAUAUGAUCAGAAAAGCUUAUGGGAAAAGUUCUACUUAAUCUGUCUUUUCCCUAUCAAGAAAACCCAAUACCGUUUUCAAUUCCUUAAUUCUUGUUUUCCAAAUUUCCUACUGUUUCUUUCCCUAAACACUGGUAUUCUUUUUUGCUGGAUCUUAUCAAUUUAUGUUUCAAAAUGAGAGCAUCUACUAUAACUGCUAUUCCUUCUUGCCCUCUUUUAGAUCUUUUGAAUCUGGUAAUUUUCUUAUUUCACCCUGAUCAAAUCUGGAGUUCACAAUUUGUACAAUCAUUGGUGAUAUGGUCCCUUUCGAGAUAACAGUAAGAGAGGCAUUUCCAAUAUCCAGUCUUUCACUAGAUGAAAGUUUCAUGCAACUCCAAGGCAAAUUUGUGGGAAUGGGCUUGCCGUUGUGAUUCAUUCUGUGUAUGGGCUUGCACUGCUAUUCACUUUGUGGUCUGUGUUUGCUGUGUUUGCAUGUUGAGUAUAAGCUUUGGAGUUUGGAUGGGUGAGUACUUUCUGGUGUCUGUAUGCACAGGAGUUUCAGUUUUUUGUUUUUGUUUGCAUUUGUAUAGAACUGCUUCGUAGUUCAUAUUAUAAAGGAUUAUAAGCUUGGGAUGAGUGAAUACUUCCUUGUCAGUAUUCAUAAAGCAUUUUUUGGGGUGAUUGCAGAGUGAAAAUCAUAAGCUGUUUUUUGC